GCGCGGGAUCGGAGCGAACGGUUUGUCGUAUCGACUCUUCUCGUGUCUUUUUUUGUACGUGUUCCCUGUGUAUUUUCUGCUCAGUGAUAUCACAACCAAAAGAAAAAGAUACGAAAAACGAGAAACGCAUACAGCUUGUCGAAAAGGGAAGACAUUUGAAUCUCCUCGACAACUCAAAGUAAAGAGGGGAGAGAGCCAAUCACGAUUGAAAAAAUCGAAAUAGAUUGUUCUUCUUGUCUUGGGGUUUGUGUUUGCUCACGGCGAGAGUCCAGGUGCGUCAUUAUACCUGGGGAAAGGGAAAAAAAACACGAAAAAAAGGUGUGCUUGUCUCACGGUGACUAGUGCGUUGGAAUUUUAUCGGCUCUAUCCACACUACACUGGUCGUGCACACACACGAAAUACACGUGUGCGUUGGUAGUGGGUGGUGUUUUUUCGUCAUCAAGAGAUAAAAAGAAAGCUUUCGAAGAAACAUACAUCACCACGAAGAAAGUCAUGGGAGCUGAACAGAAGAAAUUUGCGACCACCGCCAUGCGGCCGGUUUCGUCAUCGCUAAUGGCUGCCGUCUACUUGAUCGCCUACCUGUGUUCAAUGGCUGGAGCUCAAGAGGCGCGUUUAGUGAUUCUACCCGACGGCGGUAAUUUGAUCCGACCCGUUGGCGCCAAUAUCGUCCUCACCUGUAAAGGCGAAGUGCCCGAUCCCGAACUGAUUAGCAACUUGCGUUGGCUCGGACCCGAUGGCCGCGACCUUCCCAAUGGAGACAGCGGUGAAGCUGAUAAUUCCAGGAUUUCGUCUGAGGAGCUGGUCAGCGAUGUCGGUCGCAUCCUGUUCAUCAAAGGACUUCAAGAAGCCGAUAGCGGCAAAUAUACCUGCUCUGCUGUCUACACGAGCAGCCAACGUCUAGAGGCUCACGUCAACCUCACUACUAUCGUCGGUAUCACAUGGGAGGAUGCGCCAACAGAACAGUCGGCCAUCUUUGGACAACCUUACAAGGUCCGUUGCGUCGUCCGAGCCAACCCACCGGCAACGAUCGACUGGCAAAAGAACGGAGUUGGAUUCACCACUAACAACCAUUACGUGAUCGAGAACGACGGAGUGCUGAUCCGUGAAGUGAGUCUAGAAGAUGACACGUACUUCACGUGCCGCGCCCGAGUACAGACAACCGGCCAGCUGGAAGACAGACGGAUCCGAGUCGAAGUGUUUAUCCCGCCCGAGUUCAUUCGCGAGCCGGUCAACACGUCAAUCGUCGAAGGUGAAGGCGGAUUCAUGGAGUGUCAGGCGUCAGGCAAACCCGAUCCGGUUUACACUUGGCUCGAUCGCAACAAUCAAAACCUCAAUCUCAAUCGCGAAAGAUUCAUCGUUGAUGAACAAACGGGCCGUUUGACGAUCAUCGAUGCCAAGAGGACGGACGAAGGCGAGAUCAAAUGUUUGGUAGAAAAUCGAGCCGGCAAGAUUGAAAAAACCGCAUUUUUGAAAGUGAUUAUGAAGCCGGUGGUUGUCGAAUACCUGAACGCAUCGGGGAUUAUGGGGCGCGAAGUGAGUCUUACGUGCAAAGCUUCAGGCGAUCCACUGCCGGAGGUGACUUUCUUAAAGGAAGGCACGUUGAUCCCGUACACGAUCGGCGUCCAGAAUUCGGACGAUCGCAUCAUCGUCGACACGAGCCGCGAGGGUGAAUACGCUCAAGCUCGGCUCGUCAUCCGAGACCUGAUGCGCUCCGAUGACGGCCUCUACGCUUGUAUCGCCAAAAAUAACGGUGGAAAUUACACGAAAAAUGGGCACAUAACGGUCGAAUUCCCGCCAUCGUUCGCCCUGACGCCGAUGCGCGAGGCUUGGUCAUGGGACAAUCACUUGGUCAAUUUGACUUGCCGCGCUGAAUCGAUCCCCAAUGCCACGAUCAGCUGGUUCCUGAACGGCCGCAACCUCGAAAACGACUACAAUAUCCUCACGAACGCGUUCAAUGGCGAAAGUACCAUCACGGUGACGCCAAUCGAUCUCAGCUAUUACGGAACCUACCGCUGUCUGGCCAUGAACAUUCACGGCAAAGACGAACACGCUAUUGAAUUGCGUGAAGCUCGCGCUCCCGGUCCCCUUCUCCAAACCAAAUUCGAGACUAUUACCGCUACGACCAUCACGUUCAAUUUUAUCGGGCCGAUGGAUAACGGUGGAUUGCCGAUCGAGGCGUUUGCUGUCCAAUACAAAUUAGCCGGCCAAGUUUGGGAGGAAAAGCCAUUGCAACGCGUCUGGCCUGUCGGUGGGCACAACCAAUACGAUUUGCAUGAUUCCAUUUCGCACGCCAGCACCGAUAUUCCUUACAUCUUGGAGAAUUUGGAGCCGCAGACGAUUUACUCGUUCCGGUUUGCGGCCAAAAAUCAGGUGGGCUACGGCGAGUGGUCGCGUGAGGAGACGCACACGAUGCCAAAACGAGCCGCUCCCGAAGAGCCGUACAUCAUCGCCAAGACGGAGAACAAGGUCGUCUCCACUCCUUAUCCCGAUCGUUACGAGCUGCUCUGGUCUGCUCCGCCAAACAAUGGAGAACCCAUUGAUUAUUUCGAAGUCGCUUAUUAUCCCGUGCGCAAUACAUCCGCUGGAUUGAUCGAAGCCGGCCAAUUAGUUCGCACUCAGGUACCUUACCCGGCCAACGUUCGUUUCGAAAUGAAGAAUCUCAAGGCGGACACGAUUUACCGCAUCGAACUGAGGGCUCACAACGUCAUCGGAUUCAGCGCUCCCGCCGAGAUCCUCCUGCGCACAGCCAAAGAUCCUUCUCGCUCGUCGGGCGGCGUUGCGGAAGGUUCCAGCCAGUGGUCCACAACUACUUCCGGCUCACACCCUAAUUAUUCUACUCCUCCUACUCCGCAUUACACCACUGCUAUCUGCUCCUCCUUGUUCCUCGUCCUCUCGUUUUUCUUCUAGAAACAAGAAAAAGAGCGAAACAAACAAAAAAAAUAAUCAGAAUUAUUUUUUUGUUCUUCUUCUUCUUCUUCUUGUUUCUUCUGCUAACUGUUGCAUCGUCGUCGUUUGCUUUGAUUCCAAUUGACCAUAUAGAUCAAAUUUGAGGGAAGAAAAUCCUAUAAUUUUUUUUUUAAAUUUCGUUUUCAAGCUGUGCAAAUUAGAGCAUUUACACGCAAAAACAGAAUUUUAAACACAGACACAAACACAUAAAAAAAAAGAUUUGCUUCUCUGUCUCCCUCGCUCGCUGCUCUUCAGUGCUGUUUCUUCCUUUCUACUGCUGCUACCACUACCACUACAGCUUUAAAAAAACAAAAGAACUACUACAUCACGGCUUCUUCUGAACGAAUGUUUCGAUUAAAAGAACAAAAAAAAAAGACAAAAAUAGUAACUCAAUAAUUAAUAAAUAAUAACUUCCCCAUUUUUUUAAAAAAGCAAACAAUUCCGAAUUUAAAAGCAAAAAAAAAAUUAAAAAAUUAUUUUAAUUUUUUUUUUUUUAAUUUGAAAAAAAAAUUCUCUUAACCAUUCCAAUGUGUUGUCGUGUCUUCAUAUCUUUAUAUAUACUAUAUACACACAAUAUAGGAUGUAUGUAUGUAUAGAGACCUUCUUUUUGAGUUGAGUGUGUCAUUGAUGAUCAAACGUGCAGUAGUUAAUGAAUCCCUCCCCCAGCGAACAAAAAAAAAAAAAAAAAAAAGAGCCAAUGUCUGUACACAAUAAGAAUUAGAAAGAAAAAAAAAAGGCAUUUUUGUGUGUUAAGAAAAUAUUAAUGCUGGCGGCUGAAUAUCUUUAAAAAUAGAAGGGAGUUUUUUUUUUUUUUUUCUUUUCCAAUCAUUUCAAUAUAAAGUGUCGUCUCUAUUUGAAAGAAGAAGAAGAAAAAAAUGUGCAUGUUAUGGCCUCUUUUCUUUGAUUUGAUCUAACAUGGCUUCUUGAUCCUCUUUGAUCUUUAACCCUCUUUUACUUUGUUUUCCUUUAAUCCCCCUACACUUUUUUUUUUUGCUUUCCUGAAAGAAAGACAAAAAAUCUCCUUGAUCCCGAAAUUCUUUACGCCGAACCUUUGAAUUGUUCUCCUUAUGUGCUGCACACAGACACAAAACACACACAUACUUAUCGGAUUUAAAUUUAUUUUUUUUUUUUUUUUCAAACAAUUGGUUCACUUCCCAAGAAAUUUUGAGAUGCCUAUUUAGUGAUCUCUCGUUUAAAAAGGAAAAAAAAAAAUUUUAAGCUUUUCUUUUUUUUUUUUUUCCUUUAUUGUUCCAUGGCCCUUCUGCUCGAUAUAUAAAAACUAAAAAAAGAAAUAACUAAGAGAUGACUGUUUUUUUUUUUUUGGCUGUCGUGUUCAUUUUCCUCCUGUCCCCUUUCCCUCCAACAACUCUAUCAACUUUUAUUUCCGGAACAAUUACAUUAAUCCCGACACAUUUCCCUCCUAUCUCUCGUGAGUUUUUGUCUCAAAUGAAAGAACAAAAAAAAAACAAAAAAAGGGAAAAACCUUUUGAAUUUUUUUUCUUUUUCUUUUGUACAUUUCCCUUUUGAGACGAUCGAAAAAUGAUCGAGAGAUUAAAAAACAGGAAAUAUUUAAAAAUAAAACUCCCAACAAAAAAAGAAAAAUAAAUAAAUGAAAGUUUAAACAAUAAAAAAGACGAAAGUUUCCAGAAUACACGGUUUGUUUAUUCGCCCCAGAAA